UUGCUCGCGCAUCCCCUUGCACACUUGCUUCCAUCCCUCCCAAACGGGUUCGAUCCCCUCGUCGUCACUUCGCCAUCCCUUGUAGUGCAGUAGCAGCAGCUUCUGAUCCCGGCCUUGAGAGAGUGUAUUUAUAACACAGACAAAGAUCCAUCCCCUCUCGGCGCAAUGAAGGACGACUCCUCCUCCUCGGCCCUCCACUUCCCCACCUCGCACAGGCGACACCAUUCCCGAACCAUCUCCCAGGCACACUCCUCGCAUUCGCGCCAGCAGUCCCCUGCCCUCGACCUGGUCCCCGCUCCAACCUCCACAGGAACCAUCACCCUCACCACCACAACCACUGUCCUCGCAGAGCAAGCGCGGCGGCCGAGGGAAUACAUCAAUGUCGCCCAACGAAAGGAAAUGCGUAAACAUGGCGCUAUUCGAGACUCUCUAUAUUGGAACAAGCUGUUGAUCGCUGCACGAAAGAGUCGAGGGCCUUAUCUUUGCCCAACAACGCGGAUGUACCAUGUGGAUCGAGCAUCCAACCACUACUGGAGCGGCUACAGCGACGCGGAUGCUGCAACUCCAGAGGAGUCAGUGCUGACAAAGAAAGAGAAUCAGGAAUCAGUACAGGCAACACAGGCAGGGCAAUUAGCACAGUCACCGAAUACGGCGACAGACAGCGUUACCGCAGCAGCAGCAGAGGACACCACCAGUUCUACAGACAGAACCAACAAUACCGGGGACGUCGUUUCUUCUGUAUUAUCUACAACAGUAAGGCCAGCAUCUACACCAACACCUCUUGAUAUCAAAGAAGAGACUGGAACUCCAAAUCUCGGAGCAAAUAGUAGCGGCACCAUGAACGCGAGCAAUAAUGGUCUUGGAGGAAGUCAGAGUGAUCUGAUCUCGCCUACACUCAAUCCUACGAUGAUGAACAGGACAUUGCCCAACCGUGGCAAUCCUCUGACUUCACCCACGCAACCUGGCGCUACAUUUGCGAAUCAACUCGCGAACCCGACUUUGGGCCAGCUUCCACUCCAACAGCAACAACAAUUGCAACAGCAACAGCAACAGCAACAGCAACACAACAACAGCAACAACAGCAGCUCCAACAGCAACAGCAACAUCAGCAACAGCAACAGCAACAACUCCAGCAACAGCAGCAGCUUCAACAGCAGCAAGCAGCAGCUGUAGCUGCAGCUGCAGGAAUGAACUCUAUGAUGGGUGGGCAGUCCAUGGGUC